UGAGCGGGUCCGGGGGCGGGAGGCCAGAGCAGCUGUCAGGCCGAAGUCCGGCUAGCUACGCGCGGCGGGGUGGCUGGAAGAAGCGCGGCGCCCGGCCGGGCCCUGGAGAUGGUCCCCGGCGCCGCGGGCUGGUGGUGUCUCGUGCUCUGGCUCCCCGCGUGCGUCGCGGCCCACGGCUUACGCAUCCAUGAUUAUUUGUACUUUCAAGUGCUGAGUCCUGGGGACAUUCGCUACAUCUUCACAGCCACACCUGCCAAGGACUUUGGUGGUAUCUUUCACACAAGGUAUGAGCAGAUUCACCUUGUCCCUGCAGAACCUUCAGAGGCCUGCGGGGAACUCAGCAACGGUUUCUUCAUCCAGGACCAGAUCGCGCUGGUGGAGAGGGGGGGCUGCUCCUUCCUCUCCAAGACCCGGGUGGUGCAGGAGCACGGCGGGCGGGCAGUGAUCAUCUCUGACAACGCGGUUGACAAUGACAGCUUCUACGUGGAGAUGAUUCAGGACAGUACCCAGCGCACAGCUGACAUCCCCGCCCUCUUCCUGCUUGGCCGAGAUGGCUACAUGAUCCGCCGCUCCCUGGAACAGCAUGGGCUGCCUUGGGCCAUCAUUUCCAUCCCAGUCAAUGUCACCAGCAUCCCCACCUUUGAGCUGCUGCAACCGCCCUGGACCUUCUGGUAGAAGAGUUGGUCCCACAUUCCAGCCAUAAGCAACUCUGGGCUGAGAAGGGAAAAUCCAGGAAUUCUGCUGUUCAGGAUUUGGGGAUAGCAUUUGGGAACUGGUGGAGCCAGGUAGAGGAAAAGGGCUUGGGCUUUGGCUCAGCUAAAGGAAGCCACACCACUGGCCUUUCCUCCCCUGGGCCCCUAAGGUGUCUCAUGCUAUGGGAAGAGCCAAGAGCCAGGCGCUGGGGCUGGUGGGCUUGGGUCUGAAACCAAAGGGGCCAACAGCAGGUGGUUUGAGAGCCAUCUGAGACCUGUCACAUCCCACCUGGCUCCAGCCUCCCCACCCAGAGUCUUUCACAGCAAUUGCUGGAAUGGUGUAAGGAGCUGGUGUUUGAGGACUUAAUAAACCCUCAGUGACUUUUUAGCAAUAAAGCCUCUCAUCAGGGUUGCAA